AUGUCUCCAGAAACUUCAACAUUUGUCUCCAUUUCAAGCCAUAUCCCCACCGGAUCGGCCACCCUCUAUAAUGACAGAGGCAAAGAAGAACUGGACAACCAGGAGAUUUACUUGAUGCACAAUUACAACACCACAGAGUCCAGCAGCUCUCAAACGCCUCCAUCAGAUACACUUUCUGCAACAGAGCAGGUAUCUAUAUCCUCCACAACAAGUGACUUCUUCAACACAUCAAGCAGGAAAGUUCGCCCUCCAGUGGAAUCAGAAACAGUUUCUCUUGGGUUGCUUUUUAAGGGGCUUUUGGGCAGAUUCCAGAUGGGCAGCAGCCCCUCCAAGACGACUGAAUCUUCUGGUGGGCCAAGUACGUCAGGGCUUACAAGCUCCACAGAAGAAGCCACUGUUUUGCGUCAAGCCACCGGUACUCUGCAAAGCCCACAUGUGCCCACCUCCACAGCCCCAAGGCCUCUGGAGACAGAGAGCCCAAGAUUAUCUAUUGAGAGUACUCCUCGUCCACAGACAGAAGCCUCAGGGAGCAGUGACAGGACACUUGGCACAAGGACGUCUCUAGCCAGCCAGCCUUGUCUUACCUCCUCAUCCUUGGUGCCACCGGAGAGCACAAGUCCUACCACAACACCAAGCACUAACCAUCCAUCCAGCCCGGGAGAAGUGUCUGCAGAAACCUUGGGAGCUAACAUCGAAUCAAGCCAUUUCCCCACUGUAUCAGGCACCCGCUCCGACACCCGUGGCACAGAACCACUGUCCCGGGAGGUUUACUCAACCACCCAUCCCACCGAUAACGAGUCCAGCAGCUCUCUGCCAGCUUCAUUGGCCACCCCUUCAACAACAGGGCAGGCAUCUUUGCCCAUCAAAUCAGGUGUACCCUCAACUAAAGCAGGUAGCACUGCACUUCCUCUCGUGGCAUUUGAAACAGCUUCUCCUGGGUCGCUCUCCACAGGGCCUUUGAGCAGCCUUCAGAUAGACAGAAGUCCCUCCAAAGCGACCAAGUAUUCCGACGGGCUAAGUACACCGGGCCUUGGGAGUUCUGCAGCAGAAGCCACCAGUACUCUGGAAAGCCCACAAGUGCUCACCUCUGCAGUUCCAAGGUCUCUGGAGACACAGAGCCCGAGAUCAUCUACUGAGAGAACUCCUCUUCCCGAGACGGAAGCCUUAGGGAGCAGCAACAGGAUAUUUGGCACAAGGAUGUCUCUAGCAAGCCAGUCCUCGCCUUCCUCAUCUUCCUUGGGUCUAUCUGAGAGCAUGAGUCCUGCCGCAACACCACGCACUAGCCAUUGGUCCAGCCCGGGAGAAGUGUCUGCAGAAACCUUGGGAGCUGACUUCGCGUCAAGCCAUUUCCCCACUGGAUCGCCCAUCCACUCUGACACCGGUGGCACAGAACCACUGUCCCAGGAGGGUUCUUCAACCACCCAUCCCACCUACACUGAGUCCAGCAGCUCUCUGCCAGUUUCAUCUGUCUCCCCUGUUUCAAUAGGGGAGACAUUUUUGCCCUUCCCAUCUGGUGUCCCCUCAAUUAAAACAGGCAGCACAACACCUCGUCCUGUGGCAUCCGAAACAGCUUCUCCUGGGCCGCCUUCUAUGGAGCCUUUGAGCAGCCUCCAGACGAGCAGCCCCCCCUCCAAAGCGACCGAAUCUUCCGGUGGUCCAAGUAUGCCUGGGCUUGGGAGCUCUGCAGCAGAAACCACUGGUACUUUGGAAAGUCCAGAUGUGUCCACCUCCACAGCCCCAAGGCCUCUGGAGACAGUUAGCCUGAGAACUUCUAUUGAGAGUACUUCUCAUCCCGAGACGGAAGCCUCAGGGAGCAGCGAUGGGACAUUUAGCAGAAGAACGUCUCUAGUCAGCCAGCCUUUUCCUUCCUCCUCCUCCUUGGCUCCAUCGCAGAGCACGCGUCCUGCUGCAACACCACACACUAGCUAUCCUUCCGGCCCACGAGGAGUGUCUGCAGAAAUCUUCAAAGCUGAAUUCGCGUCAAGCCAUUUCCCGACUGGAUCGGCCACCCGCUCCGACACCCAUGGCACACAACCACUACCCCAGAUUGGUUACUUGACCACCAAUCCCACCGACACCGAGUCCAGCAGCACUCUGUCACCUUCAUCAGCCUCCCCUUCUGCAACAGGGCAGACAUCUUUGCCCUUCACAUCAGGUAUCCCCUCAAGUAAAGCAGGCAGCAUCGCACUUCCUCCCGUGGCAUCCGAAACAGCUCCCCCUGGGUUGCUUUCCAUGGAGACUUUGAGCAGCCUCCAUACAGACAGCAGCCCCUCCAAAGUGACCGAGUCUUCUGGUGGGCCAAGUACUCGGGGCCUUGGGAGCACUGCAGCAGAAACCACCAGUACUCUGGAAAGCCUAUAUGUGCCCACAUCCACAGUCCCAAGGCCUCUAGAGACAGAGAGCCCGAGAACAUCUACUGAGAGUAAUCUUCCCGAAAUGGAAGCCUCAGGGAGCAGCAACAGGACAAUUGGCACAAGGACAUAUCUAGCUAGAGAGGCUUCUCCUUCCUCCUCUUCUUUGGCGGCAUUGGAGAGCACGAGUCCUGCCGCUACACCACGCACUAGCCAUCUGUCCAGCCCGGGUGGAGUUUCUGCAGAAAUCUUGGAAGCUGACGUCAUGUCAAGCCAUUUCCCCACAGGAUCAGACACCCGCCCCGACACCCAUGGCACAGAACCACUGUCCCGGGUGGGUUCUUCGAUAACCCAUCCCAUCGACACCAGGUCCAGCAGCUCUCUGGCAGUUUCAUGGACCUCCCCUUCCGCAACAGGGCAGACAUCUUUGCCCUUCACAUCAGGUGUCCCCUCAACUAAAGCAGGCAGCACCACACUUCUUCCCUUGGCAUCCGAAACAGUUUCCCUUGGGCCGGUUUCCAUGGGGCCUUUGAACAGCCUCCAGACAAGCAGAAGCCCCUCCAAAGCAAAUGAUUCUUCCGGCGGGCCAAGUACGUCUGGCCUUGGAAACUCCUCAGCAGAAGCCACCAGUACUCUGGAAAGCCGACAUGUACCCACCUCCACAUCCCCAAGGCCCCUGGAGACAGAGAGCCUGAGAACAUCUACUGAGAGUAGUCCUCUUCCCGAGAUGGAAGCUUCAGGGAGAAGCGAUUGGAAAAUUGGCUCAAGGACGUCUCUAGCCAACCAGCCUUCACCUUCCUCUUCUUCCUUGGCUCCAUCGGAGAGCAUGAGUCCUGCCACAACACCACGCACUACCCAUCCGUCCAGCCUGGAAGAAGUGUCUGCAGAAAACUGGAGAGCUGAAUUUGUGUUAAGCCAUUUCCCCACAGGAUCGGCCACCCACUCAGACACUGUUGACACAGAACCACUGUUCCGGGAGGGUUCUUCGACCACCCAUCACCCCAACACCAAGUCCAGCAGCUCUAUGCAAGCUUCAUCGUCCUUCCCUUCUGCAACAGGGCAGACAUAUUUGCGCUUCACAUCAGGUGUACCCUCAACUAAAACAAGAAGCACUGCACUUCCUCCCAUGGCAUCCGAAACAGAUUCUCCUGGGAUGCUUUCUACGGGGUCUUUGAGUAGCCUCCAUACCGGCAGAAGUGCCUCCAAAAUGACCAAGACUUCUGUCUGGCCAAGUACACCAGGACUUGGAAGCUCAGCAGCAGAAGCCACCGGUACACUGAAUAGUGGUACACCGGUAUACUCAAGGCCUCUGGAGACACAGAGCCCGAGAUCAUUUACUGAGAGUACUACUCUUCCUGAGAUGGAAGGCUCAGGGAGCAGUGACAGGGUAUUUGGCACAAGGACGUAUCUAGCCAGCCAGCCUUCUCCUUCCUCCUCUUCCUUGGCUCCAUUGGAGAGCACGAGUCCAGCUGCAACACCACGCACUAGCCAUCCGUCCAGCCCAGGAGAAGUUGCUGCAGAAACCUUGGGAGCUGACUUCACGUUAAGACAUUUCCCCACCAGAUCAGCCACCCACCUCAAAACCCGUGGCACAAAACCACUAUUUCGAGAGAGAUCUUCGACCACCCAUCCCACCGACAUUGAGUCCAGCAGCUCUCUGCCAGCUUUAGCGGUCUCCCCUUCUGCAACACGGCAGACAUCUUUGCCCUUCACAUCAGGUGAUCCCUCAACUAAAGCAGGUAGCACCGCACCUCCUCCCAUAGCAUCCGAAAAAGCUUCUCCUGGGUCGCUUUCUAUGGGGCCUUUAAGCAGCCUCCAGACGGAAAGCAGCCCUUCCAAAGUGAAUGAGUCUUCCGGUGAGCCAAGUACACCGGGAAUUGGGAGCUCCGCAGCAGAAGCCACCGGUAUUCUGAAAAGACCAGAUAUGCCCACCUCCACAUCCCCAAGGCCUCUGGAGACAGUUAGUUUGAGAAUACCUACUAAGAGUACUCCUCGUCCCAACAUGGAAGCCUCAGGGAGAAGUGGCAGGACAUUAGGCACAAGGGAGUCUCAAGCUAUCCAGCAUUCUCCAUCCUCCUCUUCCUUGGUGCCAUCGGAGAGCACGAGUACUGCUACAUCACUACAGACUAGCUAUCCUUCCAACCCGAGAGAAGUGUCUGCAGAAACCUUCGGAGUUGACUUCACAUCAAGCCAUUUCCCUACCAGAUUGGCGACACGCUCCGACGCCCGAAGCACACAACCACUGUCCCAAGAGGGUUCCUUGACCACCCAUCCUACCGACACCGAGUCUAGAAGCUCUCUACCAGCUUCACCGGUCUCCCCUUUUCCAACAGGGCAGACAUCUUUUCCCUUCACAUUAGGUGUCCCCUCAACUAAAGCAGGCAGCACCGCAAUUCCUCCCAUGGCAUCCAAAACAGCUUCUUUUGGGUCGCUUUCCACGGCGCCUCUGAGCAGCCUCCACACAGGUAUCAGCCCCUCUACAGCAACCAAAUAUUCUGGUGGGCCAAGUACGCCGGGCCUUUGGAGCUCCGCAGCACAAGCUGCCAAUACACUUAAUAUUCCACAUGUGCCCACUACUAAAGCCUCAAGGCCUCUGGAGACACAGAGCCCAAGAUCAUUUAUUGAGAGUACUCCUGGUCCCGAUACGGAAGCCUCAGGGAGCAGUGACAGGACAUUUGGCACAAGGACAUUUCUAGUCCGCCAGACUUCACCUUCCUCCUCUUCCUUGGCGGGAUCAAAGAGCACGAGUCUUGCCCCAAGAGCAGGCACUAGCCAUCUAUCCAGCCUAGGAGAAGUGUCUGCAGAAACCUUGGGACCUUACUUCGCAUCAAGCCAUUUCCCCACCGGAUUGCCCACCAGCUCUGACACCGGUGGCACGCAACCAGUGUCCUGGGAGGGGGGUACUUUGACCACUCAUCCCGUUGAAACAGAGUCCAGCAGCUCUCUGCCAGUUUCAUCGGCCACCCUUUCUACGUCCCUUUCUAGGUCCCUUUCUACGGGUCCUUUGAGCAGCCUCCAGAUGGGCAGCAGCCCCUCCAAUGCUACUGAGUCCUCCGGCGUGCCAAAUACGUCAGAACUUGGAAGCUCCGCAGCAGAAUCCACCGGUACUCGGAAAAGUCCAUAUGUGCCCACCUCCACAGCUCCAACACCUCUGGAGACAGUGAGCCCGAGAAAAUCUACUGAGAGCACUCCUCGUCCCAAGACGGAAAGCUCAGGGAGCAGUGACAGGACACUUGGCACAAAGACGUAUCUUGCCAGCCAGUCUUCUCCUUCCUCCUCUUCCUUCGCGGGAUCGAAGAGCACGCGUCCUACCGCAAUACAACGCACUACCCAUCCGUCAAGCCUGGGAGAGGUGUCUGCAGAAUCCUUGGGAGCAGACAUUGCAUCAAGCCAUUUCCCCACCAGAUUGCCCACCAGCUCCCACACCCGUAGCACUCAACCAGUGUCCUGGGAGAGGACUUUGACCACUCAUCCUGUUGAAACCGAGUCCAGCAGCUCUAUGCCAGUUUCAUCGGCCUCCCCUUUUGCAACAGGACAGGCAUCUUUGCCCUUCACAUCAGGUGUUCCCUCAACUAAAGCUGGUAGCACCGCACUUCCUCCCGUGACAACGGAAACAGCUUUUCCUGGGUCCCUUUCUAUGGGGCCUUUGAGCAGCCUCCAGACGGGCAUAAUCCCCUCCAAAGCGACCGAGUCCUUGGGCGGGCCAAGUACACGGAGACUUGAAAGCUUAGAAGCAGAAUCCACCGGUAUUCUGAAAAGUCCAGAUGUGCCCACCUCCACAGCUCAAAGGCUUCUGGAGACAGUGAGCCCGAGAAAAUCUACUGAGAGCACUCCUCGUCUCGAGACCGAAGACUCAGGGAGCAGCGACAGGACAUCUGGCACAAGGACGUUUCUAGUCAGCCAGCCUUCUCCUUCCUCCUCUUCCUUGGCGGGAUCGAAGAGCACAAGUCUUGCCGCAACAGCAGGUACUAGCCAUGUAUCCAGCCUAGGAGAAGUGUCUGCAGAAACCUUGGGAGAUGACUUCGCAUCAAGCCAUUUCGCCACAGGAUUGCCCACCAGCUCCGACACCCGUAGAACGCAACCAGUGUCCUGGGAGGGUACUUUGACCACCCAUCCCAUUGAAGCCAAGUUCAGCAGCUCUUUGCCAGAUUCAUCGGCCUCUCCUUCUGCAACAGGGCUGACAUCUUUGCCAUUCACAUCAGGUGUUCCCUCAACUAAAGCAGGUAGCACCGCAUUUCCUCCCGUCGCAUCCAAAACAGCUUUUCCUGGGUCCCUUUCUACGGGGCCUUUGAGCAGCCUACAGACGGGCAGCAGCCCUUCCAAAGCGAACGAAUCUGCCGGCAAGCCAUGUACACCGGGACUUGGAAGUUCUGCAGUAGAAUCCACUGGUACUCUGAAAAGUCCAGAUGUUCCUACCUCCACAGGUGUAAGGUAUAUGGAGACAGAGAGCCCGAGAUCAUCUACUGAGAGUACUCCUCGUCCCGAGACGGAAGACUCAGGGAGCAGCGACAGGACAUUUGGCACAAGGACGUCUGUAGCUAACCAGCCUUCUCCAUCCUCCACUUCCGUGGUGCCAUCGUUGGGCACGAGUACUGUUGCAACACUACGCACUAGUUAUCCUUCCAGCCCGAAAGAAGUGUCUACAGAAACCUUCGGAGUUGACUUCGCGUCAAGCCAUUUCCCUACCAGAUCGGCCACCCGCUCCGACACCCGUGGCACACAACCACUGUCCCAGGAGCGUUCCUCGACCACCCAUCCCACCGACACCGAGUCCAGCAGCUCUCAACCAGCUUCAUCGGUGUCCCCUUCUGCAACAGGGCAGACACCAGGUGUGCCCUCAACUAAAGCAUGCAGCACCGCACUUCCUCCCGUGGCAUCCAAAACAGCUUCUUUUGGGUCGCUUUCCACGGGGCCUCUGAGCAGCCUCCACACAGGUAUGAGCCCCUCCAACGCUACUGAGUCCUCCAGCGUGCCAAGUACGUCGGAACUUGGAAGCCCCGCAGCAGAAUCCACCGGUACUCUGAAAAGUCCAUAUGUGCCCACCUCCACAGCUCCAACACCUCUGGAGACAGUGAGCCCGAGAAAAUCUACUGAGAGCACUCCUCGUCCCGAGACGGAAAGCUCAGGGAGCAGUGACAGGACAUUUGGCACAAGGACGUAUCUUGCCAGCCAGUCUUCUCCUUCCUCCUCUUCCUUCGCGGGAUCGAAUAGCACGCGUCCUUCCGCAAUACAACGCACUACCCAUCCGCCAAGCCUGGGAGAGGUGUCUGCAGAAUCCCUGGGAGCAGACAUUGCAUCAAGCCAUUUUCCCACGGAAUUGCCCACCAGCUCCCACACCCGUAGCACUCAACCAGUGUCCUUGGAGGGUACUUUGACCACUCAUCCCGUUGAAAAAGAGUCCAGAAGCUCUGUGCCAGUUUCAUCGGCCUCCCCUUCUGCAACAGGGCAGACAUCUUUGCCCUUCACAUCAGGUGUUCCCUCAACUAAAGCUGGUAGCACCGCACUUCCUCCCGUGACAUCCGAAACAGCUUUUCCUGGGUCCCUUUCUAGGGGGCCUUGGAGCAGCCUCCAGACGGUCAGAAUCCCCUCCAAAGCGACUGAGUCCUUGGGCGGGCAAAGUACACCGAGACUUGAAAGCUUGGCAGCAGAAUCCACCGGUAUUCUGAAAAGUCCAGAUGUGCCCACCUCCACAGCUCCAAAGCCUCUGGAGACAGUGAGCCCGAGAAAAUCUACUGAGAGCACUCCUCGUCCCGAGACGGAAAGCUCAGGGAGCAGUGACAGGACAUUUAGCACAAGGACGUAUCUUGCCAGCCAGUCUUCUCCUUCCUCCUCUUCCUUCGCGGGAUCGAAGAGCACGCGUCCUUCCGCAAUACAACGCACUACCCAUCCGUCAAGCCUGGGAGAGGUGUCUACAGAACCCUUGGGAGCAGACAUUGCAUCAAGCCAUUUCCCCACGGAAUUGCUCACCAGCUCCCACACCCGUAGCACUCAACCAAUGUCCUGGGAGGGGGGUACUUUGACCACUCAUCCCGUUGAAACAGAGUCCAGCAGCUCUCUGCCAGUUUCAUCGGCCACCCUUUCUACGUCCCUUUCUAGGUCCCUUUCUACGGGUCCUUUGAGCAGCCUCCAGAUGGGCAGCAGCCCCUCCAAUGCUACUGAGUCCUCCGGCGUGCCAAAUACGUCAGAACUUGGAAGCUCCGCAGCAGAAUCCACCGGUACUCUGAAAAGUCCAGAUGUGCCCACCUCCACAUCUCCAAGACCUCUGGAGACAGUGAGCCCGAGAAAAUCUACUGAGAGCACUCCUCGUCCUGAAACGGAAAGCUCAGGGAGCAGUGAUAGGACAUCUGGCACAAGGACGUAUCUUGCCAGCCAGUCAUCUCCUUCCUCCUCUUCCUUCGCGAGAUCAAAGAGCACGCGUCCGACCGCAAUACAACGCACUACCCAUCCGUCAAGCUUGGGAGAGGUGACUGCAGAAUCCCUGGGAGCAGACAUUGCAUCAAGCCAUUUCCCCACGGAAUUGCCCACCAGCUCCCACACCCGUAGCACUCAACCAGUGUCCUGGGAGGGUACUUUGACCACUCAUCCCGUUGAAACUGAGUCCAGCAGCUCUCUGCCAGUUUCAUCGGCCUCCCCUUUUGCAACAGGGCAGACAUCUUUGCCCUUCACAUCAGGUGUUCCCUCAACUAAAGCUGGUAGCACUGCACUUCCUCCCGUGACAUCGGAAACAGCUUUUCCUGGGUCCCUUUCUAUGGGGCCUUUGAGCAGCCUCCAGACGGUCAGAAUCCCCUCCAAACCAACUGAGUACUUGGACAGGCCAAGUACACCGACACUUGAAAGCUUAGCAGCAGAAUCCACGGGUAUUCUGAAAAGUCCAGAUGUGCCCACCUCCACAGCUCCAAGGCCUCUGGAGACAGUGAGCCCGAGAAAAUCUACUGAGAGCACUCCUCGUCUCGAGACCGAAGACUCAGGGAGCAGCGACAGGACAUUUGGCACAAGGACGUUUCUAGUCAGCCAGCCUUCUCCUUCCUCCUCUUCCUUGGCGGGAUCGACGAGCACGAGUCUUGGCGCAACAGCAGGGACUAGCCAAUUGUCCAGCCUAGGAGACGUGUCUACUGAAACCUUGGGAGAUGACUUCGCGUCAAGCCAUUUCGCCACCGUAUUGCCCACCAGCUCCGACAGCCAUAGAACGCAACCAGUGUCCUGGGAGGGUACUUUAACCACCCAUCCCAUUGAAGCCGAGUCCAGCAGCUCUUUGCCAGCUGCAUCGGCCUCUCCUUCUGCAACAGGGCAGACAUCUUUGCCAUUCGCAUCAGGUGUUCCCUCAACUAAAGCAGGUAGCACCGCAUUUCCUCCCGUCGCAUCCAAAACAGCUUCUCCUGGGUUCCUUUCUACGGGGCCUUUGACCAGCCUCCAGACGGGCAGCAGCCCCUCCAAAGCGAACAAAUCUUCCGGAAAGCCACGUACACCGGGACUUGGAAGUUCUGCAGCAGAAUCCACUGGUACUCUGAAAAGUCCAGAUGUUCCUACCUCCACAGGUGUAAGGUAUAUGGAGACAGAGAGCCCGAGAUCAUCUACUGAGAGUACUCCUCGUCCCGAGACGGAAGACUCAGGGAGCAGCGACAAGGCAUUUGGCACAAGGACGUCUGUAGCUAACCAGCCUUCUCCAUCCUCCACUUCCGUGGUGCCAUCGUUGGGCACGAGUACUGUUGCAACACUACGCACUAGUUAUCCUUCUGGCCCGAAAGAAGUGUCUACAGAAACCUUCGGAGUUGACUUCGCGUCAAGCCAUUUCCCUACCAGAUCGGCCACCCGCUCUGACACCCGUGGCACACAACCACUGUCCCAGGAGCGUUCCUCGACCACCUAUCCCACCAACACCGAGUCCAGCAGCUCCCUACCAGCUUCAUCGGUGUCCCCUUCUGCAAAAGGGCAGACACCAGGUGUGCCCUCAACUAAAGCAGGCAGCACCGCACUUCCUCCCGUGGCAUCCAAAACAGCUUCUUUUGGGUCGCUUUCCACGGUGCCUCUGAGCAGCCUCCACACAGGUAUGAGCCCCUCCAACGCUACUGAGUCCUCCGACGUUCCAAGUACGUCGGAACUUGGAAGCUCCGCAGCAGAAUCAACCAGUACUCUGAAAAGUCCAGAUGUGCCCACCUCCACAUCUCCGAGACCUCUGGAGACAGUGAGCCCGAGAAAAUCUACUGAGAGCACUCCUCGUCCUGAAACGGAACGCUCAGGGAGCAAUGACAGGACAUCUGGCACAAGGACGUAUCUUGCCAGCCAGUCUUCUCCUUCCUCCUCUUCCUUCGCGAGAUUGAAGAGCACGCGUCCGACCGCAAUACAACGCACUACCCAUCCGUCAAGCUUGGGAGAGGUGACUGCAGAAUCCCUGGGAGCAGACAUUGCAUCAAGCCAUUUCCCCACGGAAUUGCCCACCAGCUCCCACACCCGUAGCACUCAACCAGUGUCCUGGGAGGGUACUUUGACCACUCAUCCCGUUGAAACCGAGUCCAGCAGCUCUCUGCCAGUUUCAUCGGCCUCCCCUUUUGCAACAGGGCAGACAUCUUUGCCCUUCACAUCAGGUGUUCCCUCAACUAAAGCUGGUAGCACUGCACUUCCUCCCGUGACAUCGGAAACAGCUUUUCCUGGGUCCCUUUCUAUGGGGCCUUUGAGCAGCCUCCAGACGGUCAGAAUCCCCUCCAAAGCAACUGAGUACUUGGACAGGCCAAGUACACUGAGACUUGAAAGCUUAGCAGCAGAAUCCACCGGUAUUCUGAAAAGUCCAGAUGUGCCCACCUCCACAGCUCCAAGGCCUCCGGAGACAGUGAGCCCGAGAAAAUCUACUGAGAGCACUCCUCGUCUCGAGACCGAAGACUCAGGGAGCAGCGACAGGACAUUUGGCACAAGGACGUUUCUAGUCAGCCAGCCUUCUCCUUCCUCCUCUUCCUUUGUGGGAUCGACGAGCACGAGUCUUGGCGCAACAGCAGGCACUAGCCAUUUGUCCAGCCUAGGAGAAGUGUCUGCAGAAACCUUGGGAGAUGACUUCGCGUCAAGCCAUUUCGCCACCGUAUUGCCCACCAGCUCCGAGAGCCAUAGAACGCAACCAGUGUCCUGGGAGGGUACUUUGACCACCCAUCCCAUUGAAGCCGAGUCCAGCAGCUCUUUGCCAGCUGCAUCGGCCUCUCCUUCUGCAACAGGGCUGACAUCUUUGCCAUUCGCAACAGGUGUUCCCUCAACUAAAGCAGGUAGCACCGCAUUUCCUCCCGUCACAUCCAAAACAGCUUCUCCUGGGUCCCUUUCUACGGGGCCUUUGACCAGCCUCCAGAUGGGCAGCAGCCCCUCCAAAGGGAACGAAUCUUCCGGCAAGUCACGUACACCGGGACUUGGAAGUUCUGCAGCAGAAUCCACUGGUACUCUGAAAAGUCCAGAUGUUCCUACCUCCACAGGUGUAAGGUAUAUGGAGACAGAGAGUCCGAGAUCAUAUACUGAGAGUACUCCUCGUCCCGAGAUGGAAGACUCAAGGAGCAGUGACAGGACAUUUGGCACAAGGACGUCUGUAGCUAACCAGCCUUCUCCAUCCUCCACUUCUGUGGUGCCAUCGUUGGGCACGAGUACUGUUGCAACACUACGCACUAGUUAUCUUUCCAGCCCGAAAGAAGUGUCUACAGAAACCUUCGGAGUUGACUUCGCGUCAAGCCAUUUCCCUACCAGAUCGGCCACCCGCUCCGACACCCGUGGCACACAACCACUGUCCCAGGAGCGUUCCUCGACCACCCAUCCCACCGACACCGAGUCCAGCAGCUCUCAACCAGCUUCAUCGGUCUCCCCUUCUGCAACAGGGCAGACACCAGGUGUGCCCUCAACUAAAGCAUUCAGCACCGCACUUCCUCCCGUGGCAUCCAAAACAGCUUCUUUUGGGUCACUUUCCACGGGGCCUUUGAGCAGCCUCCAAAGAGGUAUAAACCCCUCCAACGCUACUGAGUCCUCCGGCAUGCCAAGUACGUCGGAACUUGGAAGCUCCGCAGCAGAAUCAACCGGUACUCUGAAAAGUCCAGAUGUGCCCACCUCCACAGCUCCAACACCUCUGGAGACAGUGAGCCCGAGAAAAUCUACUGAGAGCACUCCUCGUCCCGAAACGGAAAGCUCAGGGAGCAAUGACAGGACAUCUGGCACAAGGACGUAUCUUGCCAACCAGUCUUCUCCUUCCUCCUCUUCCUUCGCGAGAUGGAAGAGCACGCGUCCGACCGCAAUAAAACGCACUACCCAUCCGUCAAGUUUGGGAGAGGUGUCUGCAGAAUCCCUGGGAGCAGACAUUGCAUCAAGCCAUUUCCCCACGGAAUUGCCCACCAGCUCCCACACCCAUAGCACUCAACCAGUGUCCUGGGAGGGUACUUUGACCACUCAUCCCGUUGAAACCGAGUCCAGCAGCUCUCUGCCAGUUUCAUCGGCCUCCCCUUUUGAAACAGGGCAGACAUCUUUGCCCUUCACAUCAGGUGUUCCCUCAACUAAAGCUGGUAGCACCGCACUUCCUCCCGUGACAUCGGAAACAGCUUUUCCUGGGUCCCUUUCUAUGGGGCCUUGGAGCAGCCUCCAGACGGUCAGAAUCCCCUCCAAAGCGACUGAGUACUUGGACGGGCCAAGUACACCGAGACUUGAAAGCUUAGCAGCAGAAUCCACCGGUAUUCUGAAAAGUCCAGAUGUGCCCACCUCCACAGCUCCAAGGCCUCUGGAGACAGUGAGCCCGAGAAAAUCUACUGAGAGCACUCCUCGUCUCGAGACCGAAGACUCAGGGAGCAGCGACAGGACAUUUGGCACAAGGACGUUUCUAGUCAGCCAGCCUUCUCCUUCCUCCUCUUCCUUGGCGGGAUCGAAGAGCACGAGUCUUGCUGCAACAGCAAGCACUAGCCAUUUGUCCAGCCUAGGAGAAGUGUCUGCAGAAACUUUGGGAGAUGACUUCGCGUCAAGCCAUUUCACCACCGGAUUGCCCACCAGCUCCGACACCCGUAGAACGCAACCAGUGUCCUGGGAGGGUACUUUGACCACUCAUCCCAUUGAAGCCGAGUCCAGCAGCUCUCUACCAGUUUCAAGGGCCACCCCUUCUGCAACAGGGCAGACAUCUUUGCCCUUCACAUCAGGUGUGCCCUCAACUAAAGCAGGUAGCACCGCACUUCCUUCCGUGGCAUCCGAAACAGCAUCUCCUGGGUCCCUUUCUACGGGACCUUUGAGCAGCCUCCAGACGGGCAGCAGCCCCUCCAACGCUACUGAGUCCUCCGGCGUGCCAAGUACGUCGGAACUUGGAAGCUCCGCAGCAGAAUCCACCGGUACUCUGAAAAGUCCAGAUGUGCCCACCUCCACAUCUCCAAGACCUCUGGAAACAGUGAGCCUGAGAAAAUCUACUGAGAGCACUCCUCGUCUCGAGACCGAAGACUCAGGGAGCAGCGACAGGACAUCUGGCACAAGGACGUAUCUUGCCAGCCAGUCAUCUCCUUCCUCCUCUUCCUUCGCGAGAUCGAAGAGCACGCAUCCGACCGCAAUACAACGCACUACCCAUCCGUCAAGUUUGGGAGAGGUGACUGCAGAAUCCCUGGGAGCAGACAUUGCAUCAAGCCAUUUCCCCACGGAAUUGCCCACCAGCUCCCACACCCGUAGCACUCAACCAGUGUCCUGGGAGGGUACUUUGACCACUCAUCCCGUUGAAACCGAGUCCAGCAGCUCUCUGCCAGUUUCAUCGGCCUCCUUUUCUACAACAGGGCAGACAUCUUUGCCCUUCACAUCAGGUGUUCCCUCAACUAAAGCUGGUAGCACCGCACUUCCUCCCGUGACAUCCGAAACAGCUUUUCCUGGGUCCCUUUCUAUGGGGCCUUGGAGCAGCCUCCAGACGGUCAGAAUCCCCUCCAAAGCGACUGAGUACUUGGACGGGCCAAGUACACGGAGACUUGAAAGCUUAGCAGCAGAAUCCACCGGUAUUCUGAAAAGUCCAGAUGUGCCCACCUCCACAGCUCCAAGGCCUCUGGAGACAGUGAGCCCGAGAAAAUCUACUGAGAGCACUCCUCGUCUCGAGACCGAAGACUCAGGGAGCAGCGACAGGACAUUUGGCACAAGGACGUUUCUAGUCAGCCAGCCUUCUCCUUCCUCCUCUUCCUUGGCGGGAUUGAAGAGCACGAGUCUUGCUGCAACAGCAGGCACUAGCCAUUUGUCCAGCCUAGGAGAAGUGUCUGCAGAAACUUUGGGAGAUGACUUCGCGUCAAGCCAUUUCGCCACCGGAUUGCCCACCAGCUCCGACACCCGUAGAACGCAACCAGUGUCCUGGGAGGGUACUUUGACCACUCAUCCCAUUGAAGCCGAGUCCAGCAGCUCUCUACCAGUUUCAAGGGCCACCCCUUCUGCAACAGGGCAGACAUCUUUGCCCUUCACAUCAGGUGUUCCCUCAACUAAAGCAGGUAGCACCGCACUUCCUUCCGUGGCAUCCGAAACAGCAUCUCCUGGGUCCCUUUCUACGGGACCUUUGAGCAGCCUCCAGACGGGCAGCAGCCCCUCCAACGCUACUGAGUCCUCCGGCGUGCCAAGUACGUCGGAACUUGGAAGCUCCGCAGCAGAAUCCACCGGUACUCUGAAAAGUCCAGAUGUGCCCACCUCCACAUCUCCAAGACCUCUGGAGACAGUGAGCCCGAGAAAAUCUACUGAGAGCACUCCUCGUCUCGAGACCGAAGACUCAGGGAGCAGCGACAGGACAUCUGGCACAAGGACGUAUCUUGCCAGCCAGUCAUCUCCUUCCUCCUCUUCCUUCGCGAGAUCGAAGAGCACGCAUCCGACCGCAAUACAACGCACUACCCAUCCGUCAAGUUUGGGAGAGGUGACUUUGCCCUUCACAUCAGGUGUUCCCUCAACUAAAGCUGGUAGCACUGCACUUCCUCCCGUGACAUCGGAAACAGCUUUUCCUGGGUCCCUUUCUAUGGGGCCUUUGAGCAGCCUCCAGACGGUCAGAAUCCCCUCCAAAGCAACUGAGUACUUGGACAGGCCAAGUACACCGAGACUUGAAAGCUUAGCAGCAGAAUCCACCGGUAUUCUGAAAAGUCCAGAUGUGCCCACCUCCACAGCUCCAAGGCCUCUGGAGACAGUGAGCCCGAGAAAAUCUACUGAGAGCACUCCUCGUCUCGAGACCGAAGACUCAGGGAGCAGCGACAGGACAUUUGGCACAAGGACGUUUCUAGUCAGCCAGCCUUCUCCUUCCUCCUCUUCCUUGGCGGGAUCGACGAGCACGAGUAUUGGCGCAACAGCAGGCACUAGCCAUUUGUCCAGCCUAGGAGAAGUGUCUACUGAAACCUUGGGAGAUGACUUCGCGUCAAGCCAUUUCGCCACCGGAUUGCCCACCAGCUCCGACACCCGUAGAACGCAACCAGUGUCCUGGGAGGGUACUUUGACCACUCAUCCCAUUGAAGCCGAGUCCAGCAGCUCUCUACCAGCUGCAUCGGCCUCUCCUUCUGCAACAGGGCUGACAUCUUUGCCAUCCGUGGCAUCUGAAACAGCUUCUCCUGGGUCCCUUUCUACGGGGCCUUUGACCAGCCUCCAGACGGGCAGCAGCCCCUCCAAAGGGAACGAAUCUUCCGGCAAGCCACGUACACCGGGACUUGGAAGUUCUGCAGCAGAAUCCACUGGUACUCUGAAAAGUCCAGAUGUUCCUACCUCCACAGGUGUAAGGUAUAUGGAGACAGAGAGUCCGAGAUCAUAUACUGAGAGUACUCCUCGUCCCGAGAUGGAAGACUCAAGGAGCAGUGACAGGACAUUUGGCACAAAGACGUCUGUAGCUAACCAGCCUUCUCCAUUCUCCACUUCUGUGGUGCCAUCGUUGGGCACGAGUACUGUUGCAACACUACGCACUAGUUAUCCUUCCAGCCCGAAAGAAGUGUCUGCAGAAACCUUCGGAGUUGACUUCGCGUCAAGCCAUUUCCCUACCAGAUCGGCCACCCGCUCCGACACCCGUGGCACACAACCACUGUCCCAGGAGCGUUCCUCGACCACCCAUCCCACCGACACCGAGUCCAGCAGCUCUCAACCAGCUUCAUCGGUCUCCCCUCCUGCAACAGGGCAGACACCAGGUGUGCCCUCAACUAAAGCAUUCAGCACCGCACUUCCUCCCGUGGCAUCCAAAACAGCUUCUUUUGGGUCACUUUCCACGGGGCCUUUGAGCAGCCUCCACACAGGUAUAAACCCCUCCAACGCUACUGAGUCCUCCGGCGUGCCAAGUACGUCGGAACUUGGAAGCUCCGCAGCAGAAUCAACCGGUACUCUGAAAAGUCCAGAUGUGCCCACCUCCACAGCUCCAACACCUCUGGAGACAGUGAGCCCGAGAAAAUCUACUGAGAGCACUCCUCGUCCCGAAACGGAAAGCUCAGGGAGCAAUGACAGGACAUCUGGUACAAGGACGUAUCUUGCCAGCCAGUCUUCUCCUUCCUCCUCUUCCUUCGCGAGAUCGAAGAGCACGCGUCUGACCGCAAUACAACGCACUACCCAUCCGUCAAGUUUGGGAGAGGUGUCUGCAGAAUCCCUGGGAGCAGACAUUGCAUCAAGCCAUUUCCCCACGGAAUUGCCCACCAGCUCCCACACCCGUAGCACUCAACCAGUGUCCUGGGAGGGUACUUUGACCACUCAUCCCGUUGAAACCGAGUCCAGCAGCUCUCUGCCAGUUUCAUCGGCCUCCCCUUUUGCAACAGGGCAGACAUCUUUGCCCUUCACAUCAGGUGUUCCCUCAACUAAAGCUGGUAGCACCGCACUUCCUCCCGUGACAUCCGAAACAGCUUUUCCUGGGUCCCUUUCUAUGGGGCCUUGGAGCAGCCUCCAGACGGUCAGAAUCCCCUCCAAAGCGACUGAGUACUUGGACGGGCCAAGUACACCGAGACUUGAAAGCUUAGCAGCAGAAUCCACCGGUAUUCUGAAAAGUCCAGAUGUGCCCACCUCCACAGCUCCAAGGCCUCUGGAGACAGUGAGCCCGAGAAAAUCUACUGAGAGCACUCCUCGUCUCGAGACCGAAGACUCAGGGAGCAGCGACAGGACAUUUGGCACAAGGACGUUUCUAGUCAGCCAGCCUUCUCCUUCCUCCUCUUCCUUGGCGGGAUCGAAGAGCACGAGUCUUGCUGCAACAGCAGGCACUAGCCAUUUGUCCAGCCUAGGAGAAGUGUCUGCAGAAACUUUGGGAGAUGACUUCGCGUCAAGCCAUUUCGCCACCGGAUUGCCCACCAGCUCUGACACCCGUAGAACGCAACCAGUGUCCUGGGAGGGUACUUUGACCACUCAUCCCAUUGAAGCCGAGUCCAGCAGCUCUCUACCAGUUUCAAGGGCCACCCCUUCUGCAACAGGGCAGACAUCUUUGCCCUUCACAUCAGGUGUUCCCUCAACUAAAGCAGGUAGCACCGCACUUCCUUCCGUGGCAUCCGAAACAGCAUCUCCUGGGUCCCUUUCUACGGGACCUUUGAGCAGCCUCCAGACGGGCAGCAGCCCCUCCAACGCUACUGAGUCCUCCGGCGUGCCAAGUACGUCGGAACUUGGAAGCUCCGCAGCAGAAUCCACCGGUACUCUGAAAAGUCCAGAUGUGCCCACCUCCACAUCUCCAAGACCUCUGGAGACAGUGAGCCCGAGAAAAUCUACUGAGAGCACUCCUCGUCUCGAGACCGAAGACUCAGGGAGCAGCGACAGGACAUCUGGCACAAGGACGUAUCUUGCCAGCCAGUCAUCUCCUUCCUCCUCUUCCUUCACGAGAUCGAAGAGCACGCAUCCGACCGCAAUACAACGCACUACCCAUCCGUCAAGUUUGGGAGAGGUGACUGCAGAAUCCCUGGGAGCAGACAUUGCAUCAAGCCAUUUCCCCACGGAAUUGCCCACCAGCUCCCACACCCGUAGCACUCAACCAGUGUCCUGGGAGGGUACUUUGACCACUCAUCCCGUUGAAACCGAGUCCAGCAGCUCUCUGCCAGUUUCAUCGGCCUCCUUUUCUACAACAGGGAAGACAUCUUUGCCCUUCACAUCAGGUGUUCCCUCAACUAAAGCUGGUAGCACCGCACUUCCUCCCGUGACAUCCGAAACAGCUUUUCCUGGGUCCCUUUCUAUGGGGCCUUGGAGCAGCCUCCAGACGGUCAGAAUCCCCUCCAAAGCGACUGAGUACUUGGACGGGCCAAGUACACCGAGACUUGAAAGCUUAGCAGCAGAAUCCACCGGUAUUCUGAAAAGUCCAGAUGUGCCCACCUCCACAGCUCCAAGGCCUCUGGAGACAGUGAGCCCGAGAAAGUCUACUGAGAGCACUCCUCGUCUCGAGACCGAAGACUCAGGGAGCAGCGACAGGACAUUUGGCACAAGGACGUUUCUAGUCAGCCAGCCUUCUCCUUCCUCCUCUUGCUUGGCGGGAUCGACGAGCACGAGUCUUGGCGCAACAGCAGGCACUAGCCAUUUGUCCAGCCUAGGAGAAGUGUCUGCAGAAACCUUGGGAGAUGACUUCGCGUCAAGCCAUUUCGCCACCGGAUUGCCCACCAGCUCCGACACCCGUAGAACGCAACCAGUGUCCUGGGAGGGUACUUUGACCACCCAUCCCAUUGAAGCCGAGUCCAGCAGCUCUCUACCAGUUUCAACAGCCACCCCUUCUGCAACAGGGCAGACAUCUUUGCCCUUCACAUCAGGUGUUCCCUCAACUAAAGCAGGUAGCACCGCACUUCCUUCCGUGGCAUCCGAAACAGCAUCUCCUGGGUCCCUUUCUACGGGACCUUUGAGCAGCCUCCAGACGGGCAGCAGCCCCUCCAACGCUACUGAGUCCUCCGGCGUGCCAAGUACGUCGGAACUUGGAAGCUCCGCAGCAGAAUCCACCGGUACUCUGAAAAGUCCAGAUGUGCCCACCUCCACAAGACCUCUGGAGACAGUGAGCCCGAGAAAAUCUACUGAGAGCACUCCUCGUCUCGAGACCGAAGACUCAGGGAGCAGCGACAGGACAUCUGGCACAAGGACGUAUCUUGCCAGCCAGUCAUCUCCUUCCUCCUCUUCCUUCACGAGAUCGAAGAGCACGCAUCCGACCGCAAUACAACGCACUACCCAUCCGUCAAGUUUGGGAGAGGUGACUGCAGAAUCCCUGGGAGCAGACAUUGCAUCAAGCCAUUUCCCCACGGAAUUGCCCACCAGCUCCCACACCCGUAGCACUCAACCAGUGUCCUGGGAGGGUACUUUGACCACUCAUCCCGUUGAAACCGAGUCCAGCAGCUCUCUGCCAGUUUCAUCGGCCUCCUUUUCUACAACAGGGCAGACAUCUUUGCCCUUCACAUCAGGUGUUCCCUCAACUAAAGCUGGUAGCACCGCACUUCCUCCCGUGACAUCCGAAACAGCUUUUCCUGGGUCCCUUUCUAUGGGGCCUUGGAGCAGCCUCCAGACGGUCAGAAUCCCCUCCAAAGCGACUGAGUACUUGGACGGGCCAAGUACACCGAGACUUGAAAGCUUAGCAGCAGAAUCCACCGGUAUUCUGAAAAGUCCAGAUGUGCCCACCUCCACAGCUCCAAGGCCUCUGGAGACAGUGAGCCCGAGAAAAUCUACUGAGAGCACUCCUCGUCUCGAGACCGAAGACUCAGGGAGCAGCGACAGGACAUUUGGCACAAGGACGUUUCUAGUCAGCCAGCCUUCUCCUUCCUCCUCUUCCUUGGCGGGAUCGACGAGCACGAGUCUUGGCGCAACAGCAGGCACUAGCCAUUUGUCCAGCCUAGGAGAAGUGUCUGCAGAAACCUUGGGAGAUGACUUCGCGUCAAGCCAUUUCGCCACCGGAUUGCCCACCAGCUCCGACACCCGUAGAACGCAACCAGUGUCCUGGGAGGGUACUUUGACCACCCAUCCCAUUGAAGCCGAAUCCAGCAGCUCUCUACCAGUUUCAACGGCCACCCCUUCUGCAACAGGGCAGACAUCUUUGCCCUUCACAUCAGGUGUUCCCUCAACUAAAGCAGGUAGCACCGCACUUCCUUCCGUGGCAUCCGAAACAGCAUCUCCUGGGUCCCUUUCUACGGGUCCUUUGAGCAGCCUCCAGACGGGCAGCAGCCCCUCCAACGCUACUGAGUCCUCCGGCGUGCCAAGUACGUCGGAACUUGGAAGCUCCGCAGCAGAAUCCACCGGUACUCUGAAAAGUCCAGAUGUGCCCACCUCCACAUCUCCAAGACCUCUGGAGACAGUGAGCCCGAGAAAAUCUUCUGAGAGCACUCCUCGUCCCGAAACGGAAAGCUCAGGGAGCAGUGACAGGACAUCUGGCACAAGGACGUAUCUUGACAGCCAGUCAUCUCCUUCCUCCUCUUCCUUCGCGAGAUCGAAGAGCACGUGUCCGACCGCAAUACAACGCACUACCCAUCCGUCAAGCUUGGGAGAGGUGACUGCAGAAUCCCUGGGAGCAGACAUUGCAUCAAGCCAUUUCCCCACGGAAUUGCCCACCAGCUCCCACACCCGUAGCACUCAACCAGUGUCCUGGGAGGGUGUUCCCUCAACUAAAGCUGGUAGCACUGCACUUCCUCCCGUGACAUCGGAAACAGCUUUUCCUGGGUCCCUUUCUAUGGGGCCUUUGAGCAGCCUCCAGACGGUCAGAAUCCCCUCCAAAGCAACUGAGUACUUGGACAGGCCAAGUACACCGAGACUUGAAAGCUUAGCAGCAGAAUCCACCGGUAUUCUGAAAAGUCCAGAUGUGCCCACCUCCACAGCUCCAAGGCCUCUGGAGACAGUGAGCCCGAGAAAAUCUACUGAGAGCACUCCUCGUCUCGAGACCGAAGACUCAGGGAGCAGCGACAGGACAUUUGGCACAAGGACGUUUCUAGUCAGCCAGCCUUCUCCUUCCUCCUCUUCCUUGGCGGGAUCGACGAGCACGAGUCUUGGCGCAACAGCAGGCACUAGCCAUUUGUCCAGCCUAGGAGAAGUGUCUACUGAAACCUUGGGAGAUGACUUCGCGUUAAGCCAUUUCGCCACCGGAUUGCCCACCAGCUCCGACACCCGUAGAACGCAACCAGUGUCCUGGGAGGGUACUUUGACCACCCAUCCCAUUGAAGCCGAAUCCAGCAGCUCUCUACCAGUUUCAACGGCCACCCCUUCUGCAACAGGGCAGACAUCUUUGCCCUUCACAUCAGGUGUUCCCUCAACUAAAGCAGGUAGCACCGCACUUCCUUCCGUGGCAUCCGAAACAGCAUCUCCUGGGUCCCUUUCUACGGGUCCUUUGAGCAGCCUCCAGACGGGCAGCAGCCCCUCCAACGCUACUGAGUCCUCCGGCGUGCCAAGUACGUCGGAACUUGGAAGCUCCGCAGCAGAAUCCACCGGUACUCUGAAAAGUCCAGAUGUGCCCACCUCCACAUCUCCAAGACCUCUGGAGACAGUGAGCCCGAGAAAAUCUUCUGAGAGCACUCCUCGUCCCGAAACGGAAAGCUCAGGGAGCAGUGACAGGACAUCUGGCACAAGGACGUAUCUUGACAGCCAGUCAUCUCCUUCCUCCUCUUCCUUCGCGAGAUCGAAGAGCACGUGUCCGACCGCAAUACAACGCACUACCCAUCCGUCAAGCUUGGGAGAGGUGACUGCAGAAUCCCUGGGAGCAGACAUUGCAUCAAGCCAUUUCCCCACGGAAUUGCCCACCAGCUCCCACACCCGUAGCACUCAACCAGUGUCCUGGGAGGGUACUUUGACCACUCAUCCCGUUGAAACCGAGUCCAGCAGCUCUCUGCCAGUUUCAUCGGCCUCCCCUUUUGCAACAGGGCAGACAUCUUUGCCCUUCACAUCAGGUGUUCCCUCAACUAAAGCUGGUAGCACUGCACUUCCUCCCGUGACAUCGGAAACAGCUUUUCCUGGGUCCCUUUCUAUGGGGCCUUUGAGCAGCCUCCAGACGGUCAGAAUCCCCUCCAAAGCAACUGAGUACUUGGACAGGCCAAGUACACCGAGACUUGAAAGCUUAGCAGCAGAAUCCACCGGUAUUCUGAAAAGUCCAGAUGUGCCCACCUCCACAGCUCCAAGGCCUCUGGAGACAGUGAGCCCGAGAAAAUCUACUGAGAGCACUCCUCGUCUCGAGACCGAAGACUCAGGGAGCAGCGACAGGACAUUUGGCACAAGGACGUUUCUAGUCAGCCAGCCUUCUCCUUCCUCCUCUUCCUUGGCGGGAUCGACGAGCACGAGUCUUGGCGCAACAGCAGGCACUAGCCAUUUGUCCAGCCUAGGAGAAGUGUCUACUGAAACCUUGGGAGAUGACUUCGCGUUAAGCCAUUUCGCCACCGGAUUGCCCACCAGCUCCGACACCCGUAGAACGCAACCAGUGUCCUGGGAGGGUACUUUGACCACUCAUCCCAUUGAAGCCGAGUCCAGCAGCUCUCUACCAGCUGCAUCGGCCUCUCCUUCUGCAACAGGGCUGACAUCUUUGCCAUCCGUGGCAUCUGAAACAGCUUCUCCUGGGUCCCUUUCUACGGGGCCUUUGACCAGCCUCCAGACGGGCAGCAGCCCCUCCAAAGGGAACGAAUCUUCCGGCAAGCCACGUACACCGGGACUUCGAAGUUCUGCAGCAGAAUCCACUGGUACUCUGAAAAGUCCAGAUGUUCCUACCUCCACAGGUGUAAGGUAUAUGGAGACAGAGAGUCCGAGAUCAUAUACUGAGAGUACUCCUCGUCCCGAGAUGGAAGACUCAAGGAGCAGUGACAGGACAUUUGGCACAAAGACGUCUGUAGCUAACCAGCCUUCUCCAUUCUCCACUUCUGUGGUGCCAUCGUUGGGCACGAGUACUGUUGCAACACUACGCACUAGUUAUCCUUCCAGCCCGAAAGAAGUGUCUGCAGAAACCUUCGGAGUUGACUUCGCGUCAAGCCAUUUCCCUACCAGAUCGGCCACCCGCUCCGACACCCGUGGCACACAACCACUGUCCCAGGAGCGUUCCUCGACCACCCAUCCCACCGACACCGAGUCCAGCAGCUCUCAACCAGCUUCAUCGGUCUCCCCUCCUGCAACAGGGCAGACACCAGGUGUGCCCUCAACUAAAGCAUUCAGCACCGCACUUCCUCCCGUGGCAUCCAAAACAGCUUCUUUUGGGUCACUUUCCACGGGGCCUUUGAGCAGCCUCCACACAGGUAUAAACCCCUCCAACGCUACUGAGUCCUCCGGCGUGCCAAGUACGUCGGAACUUGGAAGCUCCGCAGCAGAAUCAACCGGUACUCUGAAAAGUCCAGAUGUGCCCACCUCCACAGCUCCAACACCUCUGGAGACAGUGAGCCCGAGAAAAUCUACUGAGAGCACUCCUCGUCCCGAAACGGAAAGCUCAGGGAGCAAUGACAGGACAUCUGGCACAAGGACGUAUCUUGCCAGCCAGUCUUCUCCUUCCUCCUCUUCCUUCGCGAGAUCGAAGAGCACGCGUCUGACCGCAAUACAACGCACUACCCAUCCGUCAAGUUUGGGAGAGGUGUCUGCAGAAUCCCUGGGAGCAGACAUUGCAUCAAGCCAUUUCCCCACGGAAUUGCCCACCAGCUCCCACACCCGUAGCACUCAACCAGUGUCCUGGGAGGGUACUUUGACCACUCAUCCCGUUGAAACCGAGUCCAGCAGCUCUCUGCCAGUUUCAUCGGCCUCCCCUUUUGCAACAGGGCAGACAUCUUUGCCCUUCACAUCAGGUGUUCCCUCAACUAAAGCUGGUAGCACCGCACUUCCUCCCGUGACAUCCGAAACAGCUUUUCCUGGGUCCCUUUCUAUGGGGCCUUGGAGCAGCCUCCAGACGGUCAGAAUCCCCUCCAAAGCGACUGAGUACUUGGACGGGCCAAGUACACCGAGACUUGAAAGCUUAGCAGCAGAAUCCACCGGUAUUCUGAAAAGUCCAGAUGUGCCCACCUCCACAGCUCCAAGGCCUCUGGAGACAGUGAGCCCGAGAAAAUCUACUGAGAGCACUCCUCGUCUCGAGACCGAAGACUCAGGGAGCAGCGACAGGACAUUUGGCACAAGGACGUUUCUAGUCAGCCAGCCUUCUCCUUCCUCCUCUUCCUUUGCGGGAUCGAAGAGCACGAGUCUUGCUGCAACAGCAGGCACUAGCCAUUUGUCCAGCCUAGGAGAAGUGUCUGCAGAAACUUUGGGAGAUGACUUCGCGUCAAGCCAUUUCGCCACCGGAUUGCCCACCAGCUCCGACACCCGUAGAACGCAACCAGUGUCCUGGGAGGGUACUUUGACCACUCAUCCCAUUGAAGCCGAGUCCAGCAGCUCUCUACCAGUUUCAAGGGCCACCCCUUCUGCAACAGGGCAGACAUCUUUGCCCUUCACAUCAGGUGUUCCCUCAACUAAAGCAGGUAGCACCGCACUUCCUUCCGUGGCAUCCGAAACAGCAUCUCCUGGGUCCCUUUCUACGGGACCUUUGAGCAGCCUCCAGACGGGCAGCAGCCCCUCCAACGCUACUGAGUCCUCCGGCGUGCCAAGUAUGUCGGAACUUGGAAGCUCCGCAGCAGAAUCCACCGGUACUCUGAAAAGUCCAGAUGUGCCCACCUCCACAUCUCCAAGACCUCUGGAGACAGUGAGCCCGAGAAAAUCUACUGAGAGCACUCCUCGUCUCGAGACCGAAGACUCAGGGAGCAGCGACAGGACAUCUGGCACAAGGACGUAUCUUGCCAGCCAGUCAUCUCCUUCCUCCUCUUCCUUCGUGAGAUCGAAGAGCACGCAUCCGACCGCAAUACAACGCACUACCCAUCCGUCAAGUUUGGGAGAGGUGACUGCAGAAUCCCUGGGAGCAGACAUUGCAUCAAGCCAUUUCCCCACGGAAUUGCCCACCAGCUCCCACACCCGUAGCACUCAACCAGUGUCCUGGGAGGGUACUUUGACCACUCAUCCCGUUGAAACCGAGUCCAGCAGCUCUCUGCCAGUUUCAUCGGCCUCCUUUUCUACAACAGGGCAGACAUCUUUGCCCUUCACAUCAGGUGUUCCCUCAACUAAAGCUGGUAGCACCGCACUUCCUCCCGUGACAUCCGAAACAGCUUUUCCUGGGUCCCUUUCUAUGGGGCCUUGGAGCAGCCUCCAGACGGUCAGAAUCCCCUCCAAAGCGACUGAGUACUUGGACGGGCCAAGUACACCGAGACUUGAAAGCUUAGCAGCAGAAUCCACCGGUAUUCUGAAAAGUCCAGAUGUGCCCACCUCCACAGCUCCAAGGCCUCUGGAGACAGUGAGCCCGAGAAAAUCUACUGAGAGCACUCCUCGUCUCGAGACCGAAGACUCAGGGAGCAGCGACAGGACAUUUGGCACAAGGACGUUUCUAGUCAGCCAGCCUUCUCCUUCCUCCUCUUCCUUGGCGGGAUCGACGAGCACGAGUCUUGGCGCAACAGCAGGCACUAGCCAUUUGUCCAGCCUAGGAGAAGUGUCUGCAGAAACCUUGGGAGAUGACUUCGCGUCAAGCCAUUUCGCCACCGGAUUGCCCACCAGCUCCGACACCCGUAGAACGCAACCAGUGUCCUGGGAGGGUACUUUGACCACCCAUCCCAUUGAAGCCGAGUCCAGCAGCUCUCUACCAGUUUCAACGGCCACCCCUUCUGCAACAGGGCAGACAUCUUUGCCCUUCACAUCAGGUGUUCCCUCAACUAAAGCAGGUAGCACCGCACUUCCUUCCGUGGCAUCCGAAACAGCAUCUCCUGGGUCCCUUUCUACGGGACCUUUGAGCAGCCUCCAGACGGGCAGCAGCCCCUCCAACGCUACUGAGUCCUCCGGCGUGCCAAGUACGUCGGAACUUGGAAGCUCCGCAGCAGAAUCCACCGGUACUCUGAAAAGUCCAGAUGUGCCCACCUCCACAUCUCCAAGACCUCUGGAGACAGUGAGCCGGAGAAAAUCUACUGAGAGCACUCCUCGUCUCGAGACCGAAGACUCAGGGAGCAGCGACAGGACAUCUGGCACAAGGACGUAUCUUGCCAGCCAGUCAUCUCCUUCCUCCUCUUCCUUCACGAGAUCGAAGAGCACGCAUCCGACCGCAAUACAACGCACUACCCAUCCGUCAAGUUUGGGAGAGGUGACUGCAGAAUCCCUGGGAGCAGACAUUGCAUCAAGCCAUUUCCCCACGGAAUUGCCCACCAGCUCCCACACCCGUAGCACUCAACCAGUGUCCUGGGAGGGUACUUUGACCACUCAUCCCGUUGAAACCGAGUCCAGCAGCUCUCUGCCAGUUUCAUCGGCCUCCUUUUCUACAACAGGGCAGACAUCUUUGCCCUUCACAUCAGGUGUUCCCUCAACUAAAGCUGGUAGCACCGCACUUCCUCCCGUGACAUCCGAAACAGCUUUUCCUGGGUCCCUUUCUAUGGGGCCUUGGAGCAGCCUCCAGACGGUCAGAAUCCCCUCCAAAGCGACUGAGUACUUGGACGGGCCAAGUACACCGAGACUUGAAAGCUUAGCAGCAGAAUCCACCGGUAUUCUGAAAAGUCCAGAUGUGCCCACCUCCACAGCUCCAAGGCCUCUGGAGACAGUGAGCCCGAGAAAAUCUACUGAGAGCACUCCUCGUCUCGAGACCGAAGACUCAGGGAGCAGCGACAGGACAUUUGGCACAAGGACGUUUCUAGUCAGCCAGCCUUCUCCUUCCUCCUCUUCCUUGGCGGGAUCGACGAGCACGAGUCUUGGCGCAACAGCAGGCACUAGCCAUUUGUCCAGCCUAGGAGAAGUGUCUGCAGAAACCUUGGAAGAUGACUUCGCGUCAAGCCAUUUCGCCACCGGAUUGCCCACCAGCUCCGACACCCGUAGAACGCAACCAGUGUCCUGGGAGGGUACUUUGACCACCCAUCCCAUUGAAGCCGAGUCCAGCAGCUCUCUACCAGUUUCAACGGCCACCCCUUCUGCAACAGGGCAGACAUCUUUGCCCUUCACAUCAGGUGUUCCCUCAACUAAAGCAGGUAGCACCGCACUUCCUUCCGUGGCAUCCGAAACAGCAUCUCCUGGGUCCCUUUCUACGGGUCCUUUGAGCAGCCUCCAGACGGGCAGCAGCCCCUCCAACGCUACUGAGUCCUCCGGCGUGCCAAGUACGUCGGAACUUGGAAGCUCCGCAGCAGAAUCCACCGGUACUCUGAAAAGUCCAGAUGUGCCCACCUCCACAUCUCCAAGACCUCUGGAGACAGUGAGCCCGAGAAAAUCUACUGAGAGCACUCCUCGUCCCGAAACGGAAAGCUCAGGGAGCAGUGACAGGACAUCUGGCACAAGGACGUAUCUUGACAGCCAGUCAUCUCCUUCCUCCUCUUCCUUCGCGAGAUCGAAGAGCACGCGUCCGACCGCAAUACAACGCACUACCCAUCCGUCAAGCUUGGGAGAGGUGACUGCAGAAUCCCUGGGAGCAGACAUUGCAUCAAGCCAUUUCCCCACGGAAUUGCCCACCAGCUCCCACACCCGUAGCACUCAACCAGUGUCCUGGGAGGGUACUUUGACCACUCAUCCCGUUGAAACCGAGUCCAGCAGCUCUCUGCCAGUUUCAUCGGCCUCCCCUUUUGCAACAGGGCAGACAUCUUUGCCCUUCACAUCAGGUGUUCCCUCAACUAAAGCUGGUAGCACUGCACUUCCUCCCGUGACAUCGGAAACAGCUUUUCCUGGGUCCCUUUCUAUGGGGCCUUUGAGCAGCCUCCAGACGGUCAGAAUCCCCUCCAAAGCAACUGAGUACUUGGAGAGGCCAAGUACACCGAGACUUGAAAGCUUAGCAGCAGAAUCCACCGGUAUUCUGAAAAGUCCAGAUGUGCCCACCUCCACAGCUCCAAGGCCUCUGGAGACAGUGAGCCCGAGAAAAUCUACUGAGAGCACUCCUCGUCUCGAGACCGAAGACUCAGGGAGCAGCGACAGGACAUUUGGCACAAGGACGUUUCUAGUCAGCCAGCCUUCUCCUUCCUCCUCUUCCUUGGCGGGAUCGACGAGCACGAGUAUUGGCGCAACAGCAGGCACUAGCCAUUUGUCCAGCCUAGGAGAAGUGUCUACUGAAACCUUGGGAGAUGACUUCGCGUUAAGCCAUUUCGCCACCGGAUUGCCCACCAGCUCCGACACCCGUAGAACGCAACCAGUGUCCUGGGAGGGUACUUUGACCACUCAUCCCAUUGAAGCCGAGUCCAGCAGCUCUCUACCAGCUGCAUCGGCCUCUCCUUCUGCAACAGGGCUGACAUCUUUGCCAUCCGUGGCAUCUGAAACAGCUUCUCCUGGGUCCCUUUCUACGGGGCCUUUGACCAGCCUCCAGACGGGCAGCAGCCCCUCCAAAGGGAACGAAUCUUCCGGCAAGCCACGUACACUGGGACUUGGAAGUUCUGCAGCAGAAUCCACUGGUACUCUGAAAAGUCCAGAUGUUCCUACCUCCACAGGUGUAAGGUAUAUGGAGACAGAGAGUCCGAGAUCAUAUACUGAGAGUACUCCUCGUCCCGAGAUGGAAGACUCAAGGAGCAGUGACAGGACAUUUGGCACAAAGACGUCUGUAGCUAACCAGCCUUCUCCAUUCUCCACUUCUGUGGUGCCAUCGUUGGGCACGAGUACUGUUGCAACACUACGCACUAGUUAUCCUUCCAGCCCGAAAGAAGUGUCUGCAGAAACCUUCGGAGUUGACUUCGCGUCAAGCCAUUUCCCUACCAGAUCGGCCACCCGCUCCGACACCCGUGGCACACAACCACUGUCCCAGGAGCGUUCCUCGACCACCCAUCCCACCGACACCGAGUCCAGCAGCUCUCAACCAGCUUCAUCGGUCUCCCCUCCUGCAACAGGGCAGACACCAGGUGUGCCCUCAACUAAAGCAUUCAGCACCGCACUUCCUCCCGUGGCAUCCAAAACAGCUUCUUUUGGGUCACUUUCCACGGGGCCUUUGAGCAGCCUCCACACAGGUAUAAACCCCUCCAACGCUACUGAGUCCUCCGGCGUGCCAAGUACGUCGGAACUUGGAAGCUCCGCAGCAGAAUCAACCGGUACUCUGAAAAGUCCAGAUGUGCCCACCUCCACAGCUCCAACACCUCUGGAGACAGUGAGCCCGAGAAAAUCUACUGAGAGCACUCCUCGUCCCAAAACGGAAAGCUCAGGGAGCAAUGACAGGACAUCUGGCACAAGGACGUAUCUUGCCAGCCAGUCUUCUCCUUCCUCCUCUUCCUUCGCGAGAUUGAAGAGCACGCAUCCGACCGCAAUAAAACGCACUACCCAUCCGUCAAGUUUGGGAGAGGUGUCUGCAGAAUCCCUGGGAGCAGACAUUGCAUCAAGCCAUUUCCCCACGGAAUUGCCCACCAGCUCCCACACCCGUAGCACUCAACCAGUGUCCUGGGAGGGUACUUUGACCACUCAUCCCGUUGAAACCGAGUCCAGCAGCUCUCUGCCAGUUUCAUCGGCCUCCCCUUUUGCAACAGGGCAGACAUCUUUGCCCUUCACAUCAGGUGUUCCCUCAACUAAAGCUGGUAGCACUGCACUUCCUCCCGUGACAUCGGAAACAGCUUUUCCUGGGUCCCUUUCUAUGGGGCCUUGGAGCAGCCUCCAGACGGUCAGAAUCCCCUCCAAAGCGACUGAGUACUUGGACGGGCCAAGUACACCGAGACUUGAAAGCUUAGCAGCAGAAUCCACCGGUAUUCUGAAAAGUCCAGAUGUGCCCACCUCCACAGCUCCAAGGCCUCUGGAGACAGUGAGCCCGAGAAAAUCUACUGAGAGCACUCCUCGCCUCGAGACCGAAGACUCAGGGAGCAGCGACAGGACAUUUGGCACAAGGACGUUUCUAGUCAGCCAGCCUUCUCCUUCCUCCUCUUCCUUGGCGGGAUCGAAGAGCACGAGUCUUGCUGCAACAGCAGGCACUAGCCAUUUGUCCAGCCUAGGAGAAGUGUCUGCAGAAACUUUGGGAGAUGACUUCGCGUCAAGCCAUUUCGCCACCGGAUUGCCCACCAGCUCCGACACCCGUAGAACGCAACCAGUGUCCUGGGAGGGUACUUUGACCACUCAUCCCAUUGAAGCCGAGUCCAGCAGCUCUCUACCAGUUUCAAGGGCCACCCCUUCUGCAACAGGGCAGACAUCUUUGCCCUUCACACCAGGUGUUCCCUCAACUAAAGCAGGUAGCACCGCACUUCCUUCCGUGGCAUCUGAAACAGCAUCUCCUGGGUCCCUUUCUACGGGACCUUUGAGCAGCCUCCAGACGGGCAGCAGCCCCUCCAACGCUACUGAGUCCUCCGGCGUGCCAAGUACGGCGGAACUUGGAAGCUCCGCAGCAGAAUCCACCGGUACUCUGAAAAGUCCAGAUGUGCCCACCUCCACAUCUCCAAGACCUCUGGAGACAGUGAGCCCGAGAAAAUCUACUGAGAGCACUCCUCGUCUCGAGACCGAAGACUCAGGGAGCAGCGACAGGACAUCUGGCACAAGGACGUAUCUUGCCAGCCAGUCAUCUCCUUCCUCCUCUUCCUUCGCGAGAUCGAAGAGCACGCAUCCGACCGCAAUACAACGCACUACCCAUCCGUCAAGUUUGGGAGAGGUGACUGCAGAAUCCCUGGGAGCAGACAUUGCAUCAAGCCAUUUCCCCACGGAAUUGCCCACCAGCUCCCACACCCGUAGCACUCAACCAGUGUCCUGGGAGGGUACUUUGACCACUCAUCCCGUUGAAACCGAGUCCAGCAGCUCUCUGCCAGUUUCAUCGGCCUCCUUUUCUACAACAGGGCAGACAUCUUUGCCCUUCACAUCAGGUGUUCCCUCAACUAAAGCUGGUAGCACCGCACUUCCUCCCGUGACAUCCAAAACAGCUUUUCCUGGGUCCCUUUCUAUGGGGCCUUGGAGCAGCCUCCAGACGGUCAGAAUCCCCUCCAAAGCGACUGAGUACUUGGACGGGCCAAGUACACCGAGACUUGAAAGCUUAGCAGCAGAAUCCACCGGUAUUCUGAAAAGUCCAGAUGUGCCCACCUCCACAGCUCCAAGGCCUCUGGAGACAGUGAGCCCGAGAAAAUCUACUGAGAGCACUCCUCGUCUCGAGACCGAAGACUCAGGGAGCAGCGACAGGACAUUUGGCACAAGGACGUUUCUAGUCAGCCAGCCUUCUCUUUCCUCCUCUUCCUUGGCGGGAUCGACGAGCACGAGUCUUGGCGCAACAGCAGGCACUAGCCAUUUGUCCAGCCUAGGAGAAGUGUCUGCAGAAACCUUGGGAGAUGACUUCGCGUCAAGCCAUUUCGCCACCGGAUUGCCCACCAGCUCCGACACCCGUAGAACGCAACCAGUGUCCUGGGAGGGUACUUUGACCACCCAUCCCAUUGAAGCCGAGUCCAGCAGCUCUCUACCAGUUUCAACGGCCACCCCUUCUGCAACAGGGCAGACAUCUUUGCCCUUCACAUCAGGUGUUCCCUCAACUAAAGCAGGUAGCACCGCACUUCCUUCCGUGGCAUCCGAAACAGCAUCUCCUGGGUCACUUUCCACGGGGCCUCUGAGCAGCCUCCACACAGGUAUAAACCCCUCCAACGCUACUGAGUCCUCCGGCGUGCCAAGUACGUCGGAACUUGGAAGCUCCGCAGCAGAAUCAACCGGUACUCUGAAAAGUCCAGAUGUGCCCACCUCCACAUCGCCAAGACCUCUGGAGACAGUGAGCCCGAGAAAAUCUACUGAGAGCACUCCUCGUCCCGAAACGGAAAGCUCAGGGAGCAAUGACAGGACAUCUGGCACAAGGACGUAUCUUGCCAGCCAGUCUUCUCCUUCCUCCUCUUCCUUCGCGAGAUCGAAGAGCACGCGUCUGACCGCAAUACAAUGCACUACCCAUCCGUCAAGCUUGGGAGAGGUGUCUGCAGAAUCCCUGGGAGCAGACAUUGCAUCAAGCCAUUUCCCCACGCAAUUGCCCACCAGCUCCCACACCCGUAGCACUCAACCAGUGUCCUGGGAGGGUACUUUGACCACUCAUCCCGUUGAAACCGAGUUCAGCAGCUCUCUGCCAGUUUCAUUGGCCUCCCCUUUUGCAACAGGGCAGACAUCUUUGCCCUUCACAUCAGGUGUUCCCUCAACUAAAGCUGGUAGCACCGCACUUCCUCCCGUGACAUCGGAAACAGCUUUUCCUGGGUCCCUUUCUAUGGGUUCUUUGAGCAGCCUCCAGACGGUCAGAAUCCCCUCCAAAGCGACUGAGUACUUGGACAGGCCAAGUAAACCGAGACUUGAAAGCUUAGCAGCAGAAUCCACGGGUAUUCUGAAAAGUCCAGAUGUGCCCACCUCCACAGCUCCAAGGCCUCUGGAGACAGUGAGCCCGAGAAAAUCUACUGAGAGCACUCCUCGUCUCGAGACCGAAGACUCAGGGAGCAGCGACAGGACAUUUCGCACAAGGACGUUUCUAGUCAGCCAGCCUUCUCUUUCCUCCUCUUCCUUGGCGGGAUCGACGAGCACGAGUCUUGGCGCAACAGCAGGCACUAGCCAUUUGUCCAGCCUAGGAGAAGUGUCUGCAGAAACCUUGGGAGAUGACGUCGCGUCAAGCCAUUUCGCCACCAGAUUGCCCACCAGCUCCGACACCCGUAGAACGCAACCAGUGUCCUGGGAGGGUACUUUGACCACCCAUCCCAUUGAAGCCGAGUCCAGCAGCUCUCCACCAGUUUCAACGGCCACCCCUUCUGCAACAGGGCAGACAUCUUUGCCCUUCACAUCAGGUGUUCCCUCAACUAAAGCAGGUAGCACCGUACUUCCUUCCGUGGCAUCCGAAACAGCAUCUCCUGGGUCACUUUCCACGGGGCCUCUGAGCAGCCUCCACACAGGUAUAAACCCCUCCAACGCUACUGAGUCCUCCGGCGUGCCAAGUACGUCGGAACUUGGAAGCUCCGCAGCAGAAUCAACCGGUACUCUGAAAAGUCCAGAUGUGCCCACCUCCACAUCGCCAAGACCUCUGGAGACAGUGAGCCCGAGAAAAUCUACUGAGAGCACUCCUCGUCCCGAAACGGAAAGCUCAGGGAGCAAUGACAGGACAUCUGGCACAAGGACGUAUCUUGCCAGCCAGUCUUCUCCUUCCUCCUCUUCCUUCGCGAGAUCGAAGAGCACGCGUCUGACCGCAAUACAACGCACUACCCAUCCGUCAAGCUUGGGAGAGGUGUCUGCAGAAUCCCUGGGAGCAGACAUUGCAUCAAGCCAUUUCCCCACGCAAUUGCCCACCAGCUCCCACACCCGUAGCACUCAACCAGUGUCCUGGGAGGGUACUUUGACCACUCAUCCCGUUGAAACCGAGUUCAGCAGCUCUCUGCCAGUUUCAUUGGCCUCCCCUUUUGCAACAGGGCAGACAUCUUUGCCCUUCACAUCAGGUGUUCCCUCAACUAAAGCUGGUAGCACCGCACUUCCUCCCGUGACAUCGGAAACAGCUUUUCCUGGGUCCCUUUCUAUGGGUUCUUUGAGCAGCCUCCAGACGGUCAGAAUCCCCUCCAAAGCGACUGAGUACUUGGACAGGCCAAGUAAACCGAGACUUGAAAGCUUAGCAGCAGAAUCCACGGGUAUUCUGAAAAGUCCAGAUGUGCCCACCUCCACAGCUCCAAGGCCUCUGGAGACAGUGAGCCCGAGAAAAUCUACUGAGAGCACUCCUCGUCCCGAGACAGAAUGUUCAGGGAGCAGCGACAGGACAUUUGGCACAAGGACGUUUCUAGUCAGCCAGCCUUCUCCUUCCUCCUCUUCCUUGGCGGGAUCGAAGAGCACGAGUCUUGCCGCAACAGCAGGCACUAGCCAUGUGUCCAGCCUAGGAGAAGUGUCUGCAGAAACCUUGGGAGAUGACUUCACGUCAAGUCACUUCGCCACCGGAUUGCCCACCAGCACCGACACCCGUAGAAUGCAACCAGUGUCCUGGGAGGGUAUUUUGACCACCCAUCCAAUUGAAGCCGAGUCCAGCAGCUCUUUGCCAGCUGCAUCGGCCUCUCCUUAUGCAACAGGGCUGACAUCUUUGCCAUUCGCAUCAGGUGUUCCCUCAACUAAUGCAGGUAGCACCGCAUUACCUCCUGUCACAUCCAAAACAGCUUCUCCUGGGUCCCUUUCUACGGGGCCUUUGAGCAGCCUCCAGACGGGCAGCAGCCCCUCCAAAGCGAACGAAUCUUCCGGGAAGCCACGUACACCGGGACUUGCAAGUUCUGCAGCAGAAUCCACUGGUACUCUGAAAAGUCCAGAUGUUCCUACCUCCGCAGGUGUAAGGCCUAUUGAGGCAGAGAGCCCGAUAUCAUCUACUGAGAGUACUCCUCGUCCCGAGAUGGAAGACUCAGAGAGCAAUGACAGGACAUCUGGCACAAGGAUGUAUCUUGCCAGCCAGUCUUCUCCUUCCUCCUCUUCCUUCGCGAGAUCGAAGAGCACGCGUCCGACCGCAAUACAACGCACUACCCAUCCGUCAAGCUUGGGAGAGGUGUCUGCACAAUCCCUGGGAGCAGACAUUGCAUCAAGCCAUUUCCCCACGGAAUUGCCCACCAGCUCCCACACCCGUAGCACUCAACCAGUGUCCUGGGAGGGUACUUUGACCACUCAUCCCGUUGAAACCGAGUCCAGCAGCUCUCUGCCAGUUUCAUCGGCCUCCCCUUUUGCAACAGGGCAGACAUCUUUGCCCUUCACAUCAGGUGUUCCCUCAACUAAAGCUGGUAGCACUGCACUUCCUCCCGUGACAUCGGAAACAGCUUUUCCUGGGUCCCUUUCUAUGGGGCCUUUGAGCAGCCUCCAGACGGUCAGAAUCCCCUCCAAAGCAACUGAGUACUUGGACAGGCCAAGUACACCGAGACUUGAAAGCUUAGCAGCAGAAUCCACGGGUAUUCUGAAAAGUCCAGAUGUGCCCACCUCCACAGCUCCAAGGCCUCUGGAGACAGUGAGCCCGAGAAAAUCUACUGAGAGCACUCCUCGUCUCGAGACCGAAGACUCAGGGAGCAGCGACAGGACAUUUGGCACAAGGACGUUUCUAGUCAGCCAGCCUUCUCCUUCCUCCUCUUCCUUGGCGGGAUUGAUGAGCACGAGUCUUGGCGCAACAGCAGGCAGUAGCCAUUUGUCCAGCCUAGGAGAAGUGUCUGCAGAAACCUUGGGAGAUGACUUCGCGUCAAGCCAUUUCGCCACCGGAUUGCCCACCAGCUCCGACACCCGUAGAACGCAACCAGUGUCCUGGGAGGGUACUUUGACCACCCAUCCCAUUGAAGCCGAGUCCAGCAGCUCUUUGCCAGCUGCAUCGGCCUCUCCUUAUGGAACAGGGCUGACAUCUUUGCCAUUCGCAUCAGGUGUUCCCUCAACUAAUGCAGGUAGCACCGCAUUUCCUCCUGUCACAUCCAAAACAGCUUCUCCUGGGUCCCUUUCUACAGGGCCUUUGAGCAGCCUCCAGACGGGCAGCAGCCCCUCCAAAGCGAACGAAUCUUCCGGGAAGCCACGUACACCGGGACUUGGAAGUUCUGCAGCAGAAUCCACUGGUACUCUGAAAAGCCCAGAUGUUCCUACCUCCACAGGUGUAAGGUAUAUGGAGACAGAGAGCCCGAGAUCAUCUACUGAGAGUACUCCUCGUCCCGAGACGGAAGACUCAGGGAGCAGCGACAGGACAUUUGGCACAAGGACGUCUGUAGCUAACCAGCCUUCUCCAUCCUCCACUUCCGUGGUGCCAUCGUUGGGCACGAGUACUGUUGCAACACUACGCACUAGUUAUCCUUCCGGCCCGAAAAAAGUGUCUACAGAAACCUUCGGAGUUGACUUCGCGUCAAGCCAUUUCCCUACCAGAUCGGCCACCCGCUCCGACACCCAUGGCACACAACCACUGUCUCAGGAGCGUUCCUCGACCACCCAUCCCACCGACACCGAGUCCAGCAGCUCCCUACCAGCUUCAUCGGUCUCCCCUUCUGCAACAGGGCAGACACCAGGUGUGCCCUCAACUAAAGCAGGCAGCACCGCACUUCCUCCCGUGGCAUCCAAAACAGCUUCUUUUGGGUCGCUUUCCACGGGGCCUCUGAGCAGCCUCCACACAGGUAUGAGCCCCUCCAACGCUACUGAGUCCUCCGGCGUGCCAAGUACUUCGGAACUUGGAAGCUCCACAGCAGAAUCCACCGGUAUUCUGAAAAGUCCAUAUGUGCCCACCUCCAUUGCUCCAAGACCUCUGGAGACAGUGAGCCCGAGAAAAUCUACUGAGAGCACUCCUCGUCCCGAGACGGAAAGCUCAGGGAGCAGUGACAGGACAUUUGGCACAAGGACGUAUCUUGCCAGCCAGUCUUCUCUUUCCUCCUCUUCCUUCGCGGGAUCGAAGAGCACGCGUCCUUCCGCAAUACAACGCACUACCCACCCGUCAAGCCUGGGACAGGUGUCUGCAGAAUCCUUGGGAGCAGACAUUGCAUCAAGCCAUUUCCCCACGGAAUUGCCCACCAGCUCCCACACCCGUAGCACUCAACCAGUGUCCUGGGAGGGUACUUUGACCACUCAUCCCGUUGAAACAGAGUCCAGCAGCUCUCUGCCAGUUUCAUCGGCCUCCCCUUCUGCAACAGGGCAGACAUAUUUGCCCUUCACAUCAGGUGUUCCCUCAACUAAAGCUGGUAGCACGGCACUUCCUCCCGUGACAUCCGAAACAGCUUUUCCUGGGUACCUUUCUACGGGUCCUUUGAGCAGCCUCCAGACGGGCAGCAGCCCCUCCAACGCUACUGAGUCCUCCGGCGUGCCAAGUACGUCGGAACUUGGAAGCUCCGCAGGAGAAUCCACCGGUACUUUGAAAAGUCUAUAUGUGCCCACCUCCACAGCUCCAAGACCUCUGGAGACAGUGAGCCCGAGAAAAUCUACUGAGAGCACUCCUCGUCCCGAGACAGAAAGUUCAGGGAGCAGUGACAGGACAUUUGGCACAAGGACGUUUCUAGUCAGCCAGCCUUCUCCUUCCUCCUCUUCCUUGGUGGGAUCGAAGAGCACGAGUCUUGCCGCAACAGCAGGCACUAGCCAUUUGUCCAACCUAGGAGAAGUGUCUGCAGAAACCUUGGGAGAUGACUUCACGUCAAGUCACUUCGCCACCGGAUUGCCCACCAGCACCGACAUCCGUAGAAUGCAACCAGUGUCCUGGGAGGGUAUUUUGACCACCCAUCCCAUUGAAGCCGAGUCCAGCAGCUCUUUGCCAGCUGCAUCGGCCUCUCCUUCUGCAACAGGGCUGACAUCUUUGCCAUUCGCAUCAGGUGUUCUCUCAACUAAAGCAGGUAGCACCGCAUUUCCUCCCGUCGCAUCCAAAACAGCUUCUCCUGGGUCCCUUUCUACGGGGCCUUUGAGCAGCCUCCAGACGGGCAGCAGCCCCUCCAAAGCGAACGAAUCUUCCGGCAAGCCACGUACACCGGGACUUGGAAGUUCUGCAGCAGAAUCCACUGGUACUGUGAAAAGCCCAGAUGUUCCUACCUCCACAGGUGUAAGGUAUAUGGAGACAGAGAGCCCGAGAUCAUCUACUGAGAGUACUCCUCGUCCCGAGAUGGAAGACUCAGGGAGCAGCGACAGGACAUUUGGCACAAGGACGUCUGUAGCUAACCAGCCUUCUCCAUCCUCCACUUCCGUGGUGCCAUCGUUGGGCACGAGUACUGUUGCAACACUACGCACUAGUUAUCCUUCCGGCCCGAAAAAAGUGUCUACAGAAACCUUCGGAGUGGACUUCGCGUCAAGCCAUUUCCCUACCAGAUCGGCCACCCGCUCCGACACCCGUGGCACACAACCACUGUCUCAGGAGCGUUCCUCGACCACCCACCCCACCAACACCGAGUCCAGCAGCUCCCUACCAGCUUCAUCGGUCUCCCCUUCUGCAACAGGGCAGACACCAGGUGUGCCCUCAACUAAAGCAGGCAGCACCGCACUUCCUCCCGUGGCAUCCAAAACAGCUUCUUUUGGGUCGCUUUCCACGGUGCCUCUGAGCAGCCUCCACACAGGUAUGAGCCCCUCCAACGCUACUGAGUCCUCCGGCGUGCCAAGUACUUCGGAACUUGGAAGCUCCACAGCAGAAUCCACCGGUAUUCUGAAAAGUCCAUAUGUGCCCACCUCCACUGCUCCAAGACCUCUGGAGACAGUGAGCCCGAGAAAAUCUACUGAGAGCACUCCUCGUCCCGAGACGGAAAGCUCAGGGAGCAGUGACAGGACAUUUGGCACAAGGACGUAUCUUGCCAGCCAGUCUUCUCCUUCCUCCUCUUCCUUCGCGGGAUCGAAGAGCACGCGUCCUUCCGCAAUACAACGCACUACCCAUCCGUCAAGCCUGGGACAGGUGUCUGCAGAAUCCUUGGGAGCAGACAUUGCAUCAAGCCAUUUCCCCACGGAAUUGCCCACCAGCUCCCACACCCGUAGCACUCAACCAGUGUCCUGGGAGGGUACUUUGACCACUCAUCCCGUUGAAACAGAGUCCAGCAGCUCUCUGCCAGUUUCAUCGGCCUCCCCUUCUGCAACAGGGCAGACAUAUUUGCCCUUCACAUCAGGUGUUCCCUCAACUAAAGCUGGUAGCACGGCACUUCCUCCCGUGACAUCCGAAAUAGCUUUUCCUGGGUCCCUUUCUACGGGGCCUUUGAACAGCCUGCAGACGGGCGGAAUCCCCUCCAAAGCGACUGAGUCCUUGGACAGGCCAAGUACACCGAGACUUGAAAGCUUAGCAGCAGAAUCCACCGGUAUUCUGAAAAGUCCAGAUGUGCCCACCUCCUUCCUCCUCUUCCUUGGUGGGAUUGAAGAACAGGAGUCGGGCCUUGUGAGCUCUGCAGGAGAAUCCACCAGUACUCUGAAAAGUCCAGAUGUGCCCACCUCCAUAGCCCCAAGGUCUCGGGAGGCAGAGAGCUCAAGAACUUCUAUUGAAAGUACUCCUAUUCCCGAGACGGAAGCCUUAGGGAGCAGUGACAGGACAUUUGGCACAAGGACGUCUCUAGCAAGCCAGCCUUCUCUGUCCUUUUCCUUGGGUCUAUCAGAGAGCACGAGCCCUGCUGCAACACCACGCACUAGGCAUAGUUCCAGCUCUGGAGAAGUGUCUGCAGAAACUUUGGGAGCUGAUUUUGCGUCAAGACAUUUCCCCACCGGAUCACCCACUCGCUCUGACACCGGUGGCACAGAACCACUGUCCCGGAAGGUUUCUUUGACCACCCAUCCCACCUACACUGAGUCCAGCAGCUCUCUGCCAGUUUCACUGGUCUUCCCUACUGCAACAGGGGAGAUAUUUUUGCCCUUCACACCUGGUGUCCCCUCGAUUAAAGCAGGCAGCACUGCACCUCGUCCCGUGGCAACCGAAACAGCUUCUCCUGGGCCGCUUUCUACGGGGCCUUUGAGCAGCCUCCAGACUGGCAUCCGCCCCUCCAAAGUGACCGAAUCUUCCGACAGUCCAAGUGCGCCGGGGCUUGGGAGCUCCGCAGCAGAAGCCACCGGUACACGGAAUAGUCCAGAUGUGCCCAACUCCACAGCCUCAAGGCCUCUGGAGACACAGAGCCUGAGAUCAUUUACUAAGAGUACUCCUCUUCCCGAGACGGAAACCUCAGGGAGAAGCGACAGGAUAUUUGGCACAAAGACGUAUAUAGCCAGCCAGCCUUAUCCUUUUUCAGCUCCAUCGGAAAGUACGAGUCGUGCCGCAACACCACACACUAGCCAUCCGUUCAGCCUGGGAGAAAUGUCUGCAGGAACCUUGGGAGCUGACUUCGCGUCAAGCUAUUUCCCCACCGGAUCGCCCAUCCGCUCCGACAGCCGUGGCAUACAACCACUGUCCCAGAAGGGUACUUUGACCACCCAUCCCAUCGACACCAAGUCCAGCAGCUCUCUGCCACAUUCUUCGGCUCCCCCUUCUGUAAUAGGGCAGACGUCCUUGCUGUUCACAUCAGGUGUCCCCUCAACUAAAGCAAGCAGCACUGCACUUCCUGCUGUGGCAUCCGAAAAAGUUUCUUCUGGGCCACUUUCCACGGGGCCUUUGAGCAGCCUCCAGAUGGGCAGAAGCCCCUCCAAAGUGAAAGAGUCUUCCGGCGGGCCAAGUACGCUGGGUCCUGAGAGCUCCACAGCAGAAGCCACAGGUAUGCUGAAAAGCCCACAUGUGCCCACCUCCACAACCCCAAGGCCUUUGGAGACAGAGGGCCCGGGAACAUCUACUGAGAGUACUUUUCGUCACGAGAUGGAAGCCUUAGAGAGCAGUGACAGGACAUUUGUCACAAUGACGUCUCUAGCCAGCCAGACUUCUACUUCCUUCGCUUCCUUGGCUCCAUCAGAGAGCAAAAGUCCUGCUGCAGCACCACGCCCUAACUGUCCUUCCAUUCCAGGAGAAGUGUCUGCAGAAACCUUGGGAGCUGAGUUCGAUUCCAGUGAUUUCCCCACCGAAUCGUCCACCCGUUCUGACACCCGUGGCACAGGACCAGUGUCCCAGGAGGGUUCUUCAACCACCCAUCCCACUGACAUCAUGUCCAGCAGCUCUCUGCCAGCUUUAUCGGACUCCCAUUCUGUAAAAGAACAGACAUCUUUGCCCUUCACAUCAGGUGUCCCUUCAAGUAAAGCAGGAAGCAUUGCACUUCCUCCCGUGACAUCUGAAACUGCUUCUCCUGGGUGGCUUUCUAUGGGGCCUUUGAGCAGCCUCCAGACACGUCAGAGCCCUUACACAGCAACCAAGUUGUCUGCUGGUCGAAGUACACCGGGCAUUGGGAGCUCCACAGGAGAAGGCACCGGUGCUCUGGAAAGCCCUGAUGUGCCCACCUCCGAAGCCCCAAGGCCUCUGGAGACAGAGACAAUGAGAACAUCUACUGAAAGUACUCGUCAUCCCGAGACGGAAGCCUCAGGGAGCAGGGAUAGGACAUUUGGCACAAGGAUGUUUCUAGCCAGCCAGCCUUCUCCUUCCUCUUCCUUGGCGGGAUCGAAGAGCACGCUUCCUGCCGCAAUACAACGCACUAGCCAUCCAUCAAGCCUGGGAGAAGUGGCUGCAGAAACCUUGGGAGCAGACAUUGCAUCAAGCCAUUUCCCCACCAGAUCGCACACCCGCACCGACACCCAUGGUACAGAACCACUGUUCCAGGAGGGUUCUUUGACCACCCAUCCCAUCGACACCGAAUCCAACAGCACUCUGCCAGUUUCAUCAGCCUACACUUCUGCAACACGCCAGACAUCUUUGCCCUUAACAUCAGGUGUCACCUCAAAAAAAGGAGGCAGCACCACACUUUCUCUUGUGGCAGCUUCUUCUGGGCCGCUUUCCACGGGGCCUUUGAGCAGCCUCCAGAUGAGCAGAAGCCCCUCCAGAGAGACCAAGUCUUCCGGUGGGUCAAGUACACCGGGCCUUAAGAGCUCCGCAGGAGAAUCCACCGGUACUCUGAAAAGUCCAGAUGUGCCCACCUCCAUAGCCCCAAGAUCUCUGGAGACAGUGAGCCCGAGAACAUCUAUUAAGAGUACUCCUCUUCCUGAGACGGAAGCCUUAGGGAGCAGUGACAGGAUAUUUGGCUCAAGGACAUCUCUAGCAAGCCAGCCUUCGCUUUCCUCGUCUUCCUUGGCUCCAUCAGAAAUCAGGAGUCCUGCUGCAACACCACACACUAGCCAUCUGUCCAGCCCGGGAGAAGUGUCUGCAGAAACCUUGGGAGCUGACUUAGCGUCAAGCCAUUUCCCCACUCGAUCGCCCAUCCGCUCUGAUAGCGGUGGCACAGAACCACUGUCCCGGGAGGGUUCUUCGACCACCCAUCCCACCUACACCAAAUCCAGCAGCUCUCUGCCAGUUUCAUCUGUCUCCCCUGCUUCAACAGGGCAGACAUUUUUGCCCUUCCCAUCUGGUGUCCCUUCAAUUAAAGCAGGCAGCACCGCACCUCGUCCUGUGGCAUCCGAAACUGCUUUUCCUGGGCCGCUUUCUACAGGGUCUUUGAGCAGCCUCCAGACGGGCAGCCCCCCCUCCAAAGCUACUGAAUCUUCCAGUGGUCCAAGUACUCCUGGGCUUGGGAGCUCCGCAGCAGAAACCACCGGUACUUUGGAAAGUCCAGAUAUGUCCACCUCCACAGCCUCUAGGCCUCUGGAGCCAGUUAGCCUGAGAACUUCUACUGAGAGUACUUCUCAUCCCGAGACAGAAGCCUCAGGGAGCAGCAACAGGACAUUUGGCAGAAGAUUGUCUCUAGUCAGCCAGCCUUCUCCUUCCUCCUCUUCCUUGGCUCCAUCGGAGAGCAUGAGUCCAGCUGCAACACCACACACUAGCUAUCCUUCCAGCCCGGGAGAAGUGUCUGCAGAAUACUUGGGAGCUGACUUCACUUCAAGUCAUUUCCCCACCCGAUCCAAUACCCAUGGCACAGGACCACUGUCCCAGGAGGGUUCUUCGACCACCCAUCCCACCAACAUUGAGUCAAGCAGCUCUCUGCCAGCUUCAGCGGAUUCCCUUUCUAUAAAAGGGCAAACAUCUUUGCCCUUCACAUCAGAUGUUGGUUCAACUAAAGUAGGCACCACCGCAAUUCCUCCCGUGGUAUCUGAAACUGCUUCUCCUGGGUCGCUUUCUACGGGGUCUUUGAGCAGCCUCCAGACAGGUAGGAUCCCUUCCAAAGCAACCGAGUUUUCUGGUGAGCGAAGUACACCGGGCCUUGGGAGCACCGCAGGAGAAACCACUGGUACUCUUGAAAGCCUACAUGUGCCCACCUCCAAAGCCCCAAGGCCUCUGGAGAUAGAGACAAUGAGAACAUCUAAUGAGAGUACUCCUCGUCCCAAGACAGAAGCCUCAGGGAGCAGCGACAGGACAUUUGGCACAAGUGAGUCUCUAGCCAGGCAGACUUCUCAAUCCUCCUCUUCCUUGGCGCCAUCGGAGAGUACGAUUCGUGCUGUAACACCACGCACUAGCUAUACUUCCAGCCCCGGAGACGUGUCUGCAGAAACCUUGGGAGCUGACUUCACAUCAAGCAAUUUCCCCACCGUAUUGGCCACCCGCCCUAACCCCCAUGUCACAGAACCACUGUUUCAGGAGGGAUCUUCGACCACCCAUCCCACCGACAUUGAGUCCAGCAGCUCUCUGGCAGCUUUAUUGACCUCCCCUUUUACAACCAGGCAGACAUCUCUGCCCUUCACAUCAGGUGUCACCUCAACUAAAGCAGGCAGCACCGCUCUUCCUCCCGUGGCAUCCGAAACAGCUUCUCCUGGGUCGCUUUCCACGGGGCCUUUGAGCAGCCUCCAGACAGCCAGAAUCCCCUCCAGAGCGACCGAGUCUUCCGGCGGGCAAAGUAUGCCGGGCCUUGGUAUCUCCGCAGCAGAAACCACUGGUACUUUGGAAAGUCCAGAUGUGCCCAGCUCCACAGCCCCAAGGCCUCUGGAGACAGUGAGCCCGAGAACAUCUACUGAAAGUACUCCUCGUCCCGAGAUGGAAGACUCAGGGAGCAGGGACAGGAUAUUUGGUACAAGUACGUCUCUAGCCAACCAGACUUCUUCUUCCUCCUCUUCCUUAGCUUCAUCAGAAAGCAGGAGUCCUGCCACAACACCAUGCACUAGCCAUCCGUCCAGCUUGGGAGAAGUGGCUGCAGAAACCUUUGGAGGUGAUAUUUCUUCAAGCCAUUUCCCCACCAGAUCUGCCACCCGCCCUGACACCCGUGGCACAAAACUACUGUCCCGGGAGCGUUGCUCGACUACCCAUCCCACCAAAACAGCUUCUCUGGGUCCGCUUUCCACGGGGCCUUUGAGCAGCCCCCAGAAUGUUUGGAGUCCGCCUAAAGCAAUAGAACAUUCUAAAGAUCCCAGCACCCUGGUCCUUAGGAGCUCAUCAAGACUUCCUGAAACUACUAGUGGUUUGGAAAGUCCUGAUGCUAUGCCAUUUUUCUUGUCUGUUACAGAUGCCAUAGCGUUUAAUGGAACAACCAGGAUUACAAAUGAAGAAUACAAACCUCAGUAUAGCAACAAAUCAAGUCCCGAGUUUCAGAAUUUUCAGAAGAUGUUUGUCAAAGAGGGCAGAAAGACCCUUUCGGGGGCCCUGCCCACUAAUCUCAGCUAG